GCUGCCAAAGUUGACCUACCUGUAAGUAUAGCUUUCAAACCGACGUGAUACAUUUGAAAUCCGCCAAUUAUUCCUUAAUUUUUCUUUGAAUCCAUAAAAUUAACCUGAAAAGGAAAAUGCAUGCUUUGCUUUGAAACAUUGAGAUGGUCUUGUAUGCUUCAGUUUUGUUUAUACUCUCCAUUGCCGUGCAGAUUCAGCUGUAUCCAGGAGAAACAACCAUAAUAACACUAAAAAAUAAUUGCAAUUAUACUGUGUGGCCAAUAACACACACGAACAGUCCGAGUGUCUCGAGCACCAAUGUGAGUAGAGCUUUUCUAGUCGUCCACAGUGGUGAAUCAAAGAUAAUUAAUGUACCAUCUGGCUGGGUUGGUCGGAUUUGGGGUCGGACAUUUUGCUCAACCGACAAAGUCACCGGAAAUUUCUCAUGCCUAACCGGUGAUUGCGGCACUGGCAAGUUGGACUGCCAACAACAUUCUUACAAAUCGCCAGUGUCUCUAAUCGAAUUCGCUACAUAUCAGGUUGGCAAUAUAGACUUCUAUGAUGUUAGCCUUGUCGACGGCUAUAACCUCCCUUUGACAGUGUCACCAAACAGCAGUCAAGGGAGCCGCAGUUGCGACGUCACUGGUUGCGUGUUCAACUUUAAUGAUGGCUGCCCGGACGAAUUCAGAGUAACGAAUGGGAGUCAAGGCAUAAUUGGAUGUAGAAGCGCGUGUGACGUAUUUCAUACGCAAGAGUCUUGUUGUACGAAUCUCAGUGAUUGUCAACGUCAUAGUUUCUCUUUAGCGACGCUCAUCUUUAAGAAAUCUUGCCCUCGCGCUUACAGUUAUGCGCUUGAUGAUGAGACUUCCUCCUUUACUUGUCCGAGCGGGACUACCUACACCGUCACUUUCUGCCCAUCAGCGAGUCUCUCCAGGGUAGUUUCGGAACCAGCUUUCCAAUCAAUACAACCCUCGACGUCACCAUCACCUGUACUGUCCCCAUUAGCACAACCAUCAUCCUCAACACCAAAAGCAACUCCUUUUUCAAAUAAUUUUUCACAUCCACCUUCAACGAAUGUAGGUCGUCAUUCUAAGCGGAAACAUACUGUAAUUAUAGCAGUUGUUUUGUCAACAACAGCAUUGGCAUCAAUUUUGGUGUUGUAUGGAGUUUGGGCUUAUAUGAGCAAGAACAAAGCCCUCAAAACAAAUACUUAUUUGGAAGCAUAUGAGAUUAAAGAAGCCGUUAUGGAUUCCUUGCUAUUUGACCUCAGCACGCUUCGAACCGCAACAGCCAACUUUUCGGUAGAUAACAAACUUGGAGAAGGUGGGUUUGGUGCUGUCUACAAGGGGAAACUCGAGAAUGGGCAAGAAAUAGCAGUUAAGAGGUUAUCCAGAAACUCAGCACAAGGAGUUGCAGAGUUUAAAACUGAAGUUAUCUUAGUUGCAAAACUUAGGCACAAAAACCUGGUGAAGCUCUUGGGAUAUUGUGUUGCAAUUGAAGAAAAGAUAUUAGUCUACGAGUUUCUUCCUAAUUCAAGCUUAGACAGAUUGUUAUGGGAUGAAAAACAUAAAGUAUCUCUUGAUUGGUCAACAAGAUUUAAUAUUAUAAUUGGUAUAGCAAGAGGGCUUUUAUAUCUUCAUGAAGACUCUCCCCUUAAGGUUAUUCAUCGAGAUCUUAAACCAAGUAACAUAUUACUCGAUCAGAAUAUGAAUCCAAAGAUUUCUGAUUUUGGCCUCGCCAAACUUUUUGGAGGAGAUGAAACUCAAGAUGAUACUAAAAGGAUUGUCGGCACAUAUGGAUAUAUGGCUCCAGAGUACGCAACGACCGGACAUUACUCAGUAAAGUCGGAUGUUUAUAGUUUUGGAGUUAUAGUCCUUGAGAUAUUAAGUGGUCAAAGAACAAGACACUUUGGACGAGUGCAGGUUGAGGAAGCUCUACUACACCGUGCGUGGAGGUUGUGGAAUGAGGAGAAGGCCUUAGAUUUGGUAGAUGCAACUCUAUGCAACAAUUUUUCAAGUGAUGAAAUGAUUAAAUGUAUACAUAUUGGGUUAUUGUGCAUUCAAGAAGAUGCCUCGGUAAGGCCAAGAAUGACCUCUAUUGUUGGUUUCCUUAAUGGGAAAGCAUCUAGUCUCCCAAUGCCAAAGCCUCCUAAUUUUUUUGGUACUAAUACAAAUUUUGAAGAGAGUAGGCUGCAAUACAAUUAUCCGGGUUCAUAUUCGGGUACAGAGACCAUUACAGAUUUGUACUCUCGCGAUUGAUACUAUUAUAUGGAGGCAAUUCAUAUGGUAGUUCUUGAAGCAAAGGCUACCUUUUUUAGGCUUUUAAUUGGCAAGUGUUGAGUGUACGAUUCAAGGCUCAAUUCGGAAAAAUAAAAAGUGGUUAUAAGUGAUCUAACUCCAAAUUAGUAUGAGGGUUUUUGAAAAAGUGUCCUAAAUACAAAUUUAUGUGCGCUUAAUCUAAAGCAGAUAAUAUUUACUACUGUAGAUCAUUCCGGGCAAGUGGUCACAAUUAUCAUCAAAUUCAUACAAACUAGUUGUCAUAUCCCUAGAAAACCAUGAGGAAUUUCAAAGAUUCUAAUUGUACUAUAUGUAAAACCAACCGAAUGUACGUGUUUUAUGUUUAGAAUUUUUUAAACAUAAUUUGUAGCAAAUAUUCUUUCUGAUAUUAAUAAGAAUAAGUAAACUUUCUCCUAUUCA